UCUUAAACAAAUUAAGCCCAGACAGUCAAGCAGUAGCAAAAUUGCCAGCAGAGACAGAUGCUGGAGGUGAUCUAACUUGUAUUACUAACUUCAGUCUCUGUAGCAACCUUAGAAGUGACUGCAGACAAAGGAUAUGUCUAUUCAGAGGAACAAUUAGAAGCUAUGAUGCGGCGCUCCAUGGAACGAAGUCAGCAACUAGAGCAGAAACAGAAGAGGUGGUCAUGGGGAGGAGGACUGGCUGCAGGCUCAGGCGACAGAGAUGGUGAAUCAGAAAAUGCCCCACUCCUUCUAGGUUUAGCUGUCAACACUCUUCUUCCAGACCCUGUGAUUUCCAUUGUUGCUGCUGAACCCUACAAUGCUCAUCGCAUGCACCUUACUCCAAUGGAAACUUUUAUCAUUUCUCGACUAUUGACUCCCACACAAGCUUCUUUAGCCAGAAACAGAAGUACUUUAAUGCUUUCUGAGAGGUAUACUGAUUCAGCACCAGCCAGAUCUCUUAAAACUUCUUACAAGCCUUCCCCCACUCGAAGUAUGGAGAAAAAGAAAGCAGCAUCUGCUUCCAUGUCAGAUUCAGUGAAGGAAGCAAGUACAAGUGAAGUCUCACAGAAUGAGAAGAAAAAGAAACAAUCAACAACACUUGGCACAUCUGGUUUUGGGUCUCCUUUUAAAAAAUAUGACUCUGCAGCAGCUGUAUCUAAACAAUCCGCUUCACCCACAACUCCAAAGUCAGUCUCAAAGACUUAUCCACAGUCUCCCAAAACUAAUAAAGCAUAUCCAGCUUCUGUGAAAAAUCGUACAACUUCAAACUUGAACCAAGAAACUCCUAAAAAAAGAACAGCAAAAGUUAAAGACAGCCAGCGGGAGAAUAUUAGUCAAAGAACUCAAGCAUCACCAGCUGAAGCUGUAAAUCAGUCUAGUGCCGAAAAAUAUUCUAUAGGAAAAAUUGAAAAUACUGAAGGGAAACAUGUAGCAGGGACUACUGAUGCUGAAGAAGCAACUAGAAUUCUAGCAGAGAAGAGACGUCAGGCUCGACUUCAGAAAGAACAAGAAGAAAAGGAAAGGCAAGAAAGACAAAAACUUGAAAGGCUAGAAAAAGAAGAGCUGAAAAGAAAAGCAGAGGAAGAGAGGACUCUGUUGGAAAAUAAGGAUCAUAAAAGAGAAGAGGAAAGGAAAUUGGAAGAGGAAUUAGCAAAAAGAAAAGCAGAAGAUGAAACAAGAAAAAGAGCUGAAGAAGAACACACACUGAGAGAAAAACAAGAAAAAGAAUUGCAAGCUAUGCUUGAGAUACAGAAAAAAGCAGCAGAAGCUAAAGCACGAGAGGCAGCUGAACAUUUACGUUUAGAAAAGGAACAUAUUAUGCAGCAGAUAGAGCAAGAAAGACAAGAACGAAAGAAGCGAAUAGAUGAAAUAAUGAAAAGGACAAGAAAAAAUGAAAUAGCAGAAAUCAAGAAAGAAGACACAAAAUCAGAUGAGCCAAGAACCUUGAAUGUGGAUCAAUAUCCCAACCCACUUGCCCUUAGUCAAGCAGAAAUUAAUGGAGUAACAAAUUGCAAAAAUCCUAAAGGUUUUGAAUGUGCUGUGUCUGAAUCUUUUCCUCCUGAAGUAUUUUCUAAUGGUCGUAAGCCACUUAUGGGCCUUAUUCAACUAAAUGCAAUGGAUGGAAAAUCUCACAGCUUGGAUGAGUCAACAGAUGAAGUUCAGUCUAUGGAUGUGAGUCCUGCUUCAAAAGAAGAACUUUUAUCUGUCCCUGAAUUUUCACCAUUUAAUGAAACGAUGCCAGGAAUUACUUUGGACCAAAAUGGAUCAAAUAAUAGGAAGGCUCUUGAAGAACUACUAGAUUUUACUGGCCAGGCCACUUACCCAAAAUUAACAAGUGAAAGUAUUAGCAUAGAUGAUUGUAAUAAAAAUUUGAUUGAUGGAUUUAAUAGCCCAGGCCAAGAGACAACACUAAGUACCUUGUGUUGACAAAUACAUCACUACAUAGCAAUAAGAGGAAAUUGAGAAAAUAGAACAUUCUCAAUGCUACUACUGUCAGUAAAAUAAGAGCCUGUCCUUUUAACAAGCUGCUGCAGUCUGCAACACUGGAUACCACCAAUUCUGCACUGAAUUUACAGUUUUCCCAAAUGCAUUGCUGAGUAGUCACUCGAUAAAAAGCAGAAUUUUUUAAUGGUUUGAGGAGUUUUUGUGGGAGUUUUGUUUAGAAUAUGGUCUAGUGAAAAUGUGUGUCCUAAACAUCUCUCAAUGGAUUCCAAUUAUUUUAAAAGAAAAAAUUGCCAAUAUGGUUGUUUUUACUGAAGGACCAUCUUAAUAUCAUUUUAUAAGUAUUUCACUGAAGAUCUAUAACUGAAAAGGUUUGAAAAAUAAUAUGCAACUGUUGGAAUCCAACUGUCUUGAAGACAGUAUAGAAUUAGAAUUAUCCAUCAACAUGUGACACAUAACAAAUUUUAUGUUGUUUUAAUCAAUAAUUUAGUUAGCAUUAUGCUGUGAUGACGAUAUAUGCUAAAAUUAGAAGGUCUUUAUUACAUGGGUCUAAAACAUAUUUAAGUUUGUUCCUUUGGGACAAAAUAUAGCUACAUUUAAUUAUGUAUAUUAUACUGCUUCAUAAGCCUGUAUUAAUGGAUCAAAACUGAAAUGUUUAUAUUGAAAAUGUAUCAGUUCUCAAUAUCAGACUUCAUAAAUCACUGGAAUUCUGAAACUCAGCAUUGUAAUAACAUAAACAAUAUAUACACAUGGCAACAUACUAAGAUGUAAUUACGAAUGCAGAAAAUUAUACUUAUUCAACAUGAUAAACUGUUAGGAUCUUUCACUUGACAAAUGUGACUGAAGAAAGGUUUUUGAGAUAAUUGGUAUUUUAAAAUAUAUGAAGAGCAUGACAUAGCUCAGACAAGCAUUUUAAUAACUGUUGCUUUUAACAAGAAUUAAGCUCUUAUUUAGGUUUUUCUUGUUAAAAAUCAAUGGAACUUGUAUAGAUUUAAUUUAUCUUGGAAUUUGGCAUAAGGGAUUUCAAAUUUCAUUGACCUCUUUAAUGCUAUAGUCUGUGCUGCCCAGAGAGGUCACAUUUUGUCCUAUUCUAUAUAAGAAAAAUGUUGCUAAAGCUAAUGAAUUUUUUUAUGUUGAUGUGUGUUAAACUAUAACUCUCUUCUUGUGUCUUUAAAAAACUGACCCAUUUAAUAAUUAAACAAGCUACAAAAAUAAGUGACAAUAUACAUUAUUGCUUACAGAUGUAUUUCCACAAAAGUAAUUCCUUGAUGGCUUGCAAUAUGUUGUAGCAUGGUAUAAUGUCUUUCAAGUUAAUCCUGCAAUUCCCAUUUUACACAAUAAAAUAUAUCAACCUAUCAUAUAUGGCUAUAAUAUUGUGAUGGUGGUAUUUUUGUCCUUGUUCGAGAAAUCAAUUCAUGCCAGUUGUGUAUGUUCCAUCAAAAUAUAGAAUCCUUAUUUGAAGCA